AUGUCGCCCGAGAACCAAGAUGAACUUUGUCACGUGCUGCUCACUGAGCUACUGGCCUACCAGUUUGCCUGGCCUGUUAGGUGGGUUGAGACGCAGGAAGUGCUCUUGAACGAGCGUCAAACCGAACGCUACAUAGAGAUCGGCCCGCAGCCUAUUCUUGCGAACAUGGCCAAAAGAACCCUAAAGCAAAAUGAGAACUAUGAAAACGCUACCACCAUUUCAACUCGCAGAGAAGUUUUUUCUGUAGCCGGUGACAUGGACAAAAUCUGUUACCGCUAUGACCCUCCUGCACAAUCUGUUGAGAAGACUGACGCCCCAGAGGAGAACGCACAAGGAAAAAUAAACGACGGAACUGAGAUACCACGCGCCCAAGAAAUCUCAACAUCUUGCAACUCAUCUGGCGCCACUUCAGGCCGCUCUUUCUCAACUCAACCAGAGCUCACUACAGAACUUGUUGUACAAUCUGUGGUUGCCAACAAAAUAGCGGGCUAUUCCAUCGAAACUCUACCACUUUCCCACACCUUGAAGGAGCUUUGCAAAGGUAAGUCAACCCUCCAGAACGAAAUCAAAGGUGAUCUUUACAAGGAGCUACCCGGCUUGCAAGAUGCGCAGCUCGAAGACAUGAGCUUGGAAUCUAUAUGCAAGGAAGUGGAAUCUCCCAAGACGCUAGGACCUGUGACGCUCGGCGAGGUCACGAAGUUUAUCCCCCGAAAGUUUGCAGGCAAAUUGGGUACCGUUAGCGCUGUUAAGGAGUACUUGAGUCGUUCCUGGGGCGUCAACAACAGUGCCCCUCUUCUUCUUUUCAUUGCUUCUCGAGACUUGAAAACUAGAUUCUCAAGCGAAGAAGAAACCCAGCAAUUUAUCGACAACUCGUGUGUUGAGUUUGCCAAAUUCAAAAAAAUAGACUACUCCCUAGAAUCGGCUAAAACGAAUGACGUAGGGGCAGGAUGUAGCGCUGAAACCGAUGAAAAACCGAAAACUGUCGACAUUGAAGUUUACAACGAGUGUAACAGUGAUUUGAUGCAACUGCAGAAGGAGCAGCACAAUGUCAUGGGCCAACAUCUUAAGGUAACAGAUGCUCAAUGCGAAAUAGAAAUUCUAAAAUCCAAACUUGAGGCAAUGGAAGGAAAGUUGUCAGCGAUAGGGGAAGAAUUUGGCCUGGACUACAUUGAAAAGUCAUUGACGCGCUCAUUCUCGCCACUCAAGAUCCGUGUAUAUGAUUCAGCAUGGAACUGGGGCAAACAAUCUGUGCUUCAGCUGCUUCACGCUGCGCUUCUAAAUCCUCAAAAAGCAGUCGAAAUCCUCAGCCCAAAUGAGAUACACAACUUGGUUAACAGAGCAGACCUGAGCAUCAUUAAGAUUAUUCAGCACAAGCUUGAAACAGAACCAUUUUCAUUGUCUGUUAAAAGACGUUUCGAGGGUAUUAUCCAAGCUUGCUUGAGAGACAUUUCGAGUCAACCCGUCUAUUCUGCCACUCAAUUUACAUCCUAUGAGCCCCUGGGCAGCGAGCAUGCAACUAUGCAGCAUGUUAGAUCAUAUGACCCAUCCCAGUAUAUCAAAGAAAUGUCGGUCGGGACAACAAAGAGCUCUGCUGAAACUUCUAUUGUGUCGACAAAAUUAGACAGCGACAUGAGCAGCUACUACAAAAUCGAAAAAGAACUUUUCCAGGUUUAUUCAAAAAUUAUCCAGUACUCGCUUGCGUCUAAUAAUUCUCCCCAUAAUAUUCGCGCGCAGUUUGAAACCAUCUACGAGCAAUUACUUAUUUUCCUAAGGAACUCUGACCAUGUCGCCUCAUUUUUUCGUGGAAUUAUCAAUGAAGCUGUUUUUUCGGUGAAUAAAAGCUUGAUUACGACUAAAGACGAUGAGCAGGAUAUUAUUGUUAGCGACUGCGAAAUAUCCUCCUCCGAUGAUGAAGAUGACGUGCCCCCUCAACCAGUGCGGCAAACGCAUCAGCCAAAUGUGUCAAUCCCCACUGGUGUUGUUCCCUUUCUGCAUCUAAAAAGAAGGUCGCAUGUUUCAGGCGAAUGGAUUUAUGAUAAAGCUUUGACGCAGAUGUACCUGAAUAAUCUCUUGAGAAUAGGUAAAGCUGGUGUAUCCUUUUCUGACAAGAGAGCUCUCAUCCUAGUUUCAGACGCCAAAGACAAUCUCUCUCUGGAGGUUAUAAACGCCCUGCUCCAGGCAGGCACCGUGGUUGUCGUAGCUACACAGCGCUACGACCACGAAACGACUAGCGCUUUUCAAAAAAGCUACCAGAAAUAUGGUGCCAGCGGAUCGAAGCUAAUCGUCCUUCCGCUCAACAUAAGCUCUAAAAUUGACGUUUUCCGGUUUUCAGAGUACCUCUUUUCGAAUAUUGGCGACAUUGACUUCUUGCUGCCAAUGAAUGUCAAGGCUACUCCGGGAUCCAUCCUGGAUUACAGUUCCGAAGCGGAACUCACGCACAGGUCCUCGAGUGUCAACCUUUUGAGAUUACUAGGAUGCUUUGUGAAAGAAAAGCGUGUCCACGCAAUGGAAACUAGACCUACGCACGUCCUUCUCCCACUGUCGCCCAACCACGCUAACAUAUACGAAGAGUCUAACUUCAAGGAUACAUUUUUGGCGCUUGUUCUCCAGAAAUGGUACGAUGAGGACUGGUCUACAGAGCUCAGUAUCUGUGGGUGUGUCUACGGGUGGACCAACGAUGACGGGGGAGACCUCGUAGCGCGCGGACUGGAGAAAAUGGGCGUGAGGACGUUUGCGAACAACGAAAUGGCUCUGAACAUGCUGGGGCUUCUCUCGUACAACGUUGUCGAGUGCUCGCAAGAGAGUCCACUGAUUGCAGACCUGAAUGGCGGGUUGCAGACGCUUCCUAACAUCAGCUCAGUUGUGUCAAAGCUACAGAAGGAAAUGGCCACAUCCGUCGAAAUCAGGGAGGAAAUCGAGGAGCAGGCCCGGAUAACCAGGGAGCUCCGGGGCGUGAAGGAGCCCGAGGUUCAGUUUGUUGAGCCCAAGGGCAAUGUGCGCUCCGACUUCCCACAAAUGCUGCCUUACCACGAGGUGAGGGCCAAGUUCAACGGAGAGCAGCUCUCAGGGCUGCUGGACCUCUCGCAAGUGGUUGUCGUCACGGGAUUCGCCGAGAUCGGCCCAUGGGGCAGCGCGCGGACCCGCUGGGAGAUGGAGAAGUCGGGCGAGUUCUCUCUCGAGGGCUGCAUCGAAUUGGCCUGCGUUAUGGGGCUGAUCGAGUACCAGAGCUCAGCCGAGCGCUCAGGCUGGGUCGACUGCAAGUCCGGGCUGCCCGUCGAGGAAGUGGACAUCAAGCAGCGCUACGAGGCCCAGAUCUUGGAGCACACCGGCAUCCGGAUCAUCGAGCCCGAGCUCUUCCAAGGCUACGACCCGAAGAGGAAGCAGCUGCUACACGAGGUUAUUAUUACGCACGACCUGAGCCCCAUCCAGAUGGACGCGGCCUCUGCGCAGCAGUACAAGCUGCAGCACGGCGAGCUGGUCGAGGUGUACCCAAUCGCGGAGACGGGCAACUCUGAGUGCCAUGUCAAGUUCCUAAAAGGCUGUUCCCUAAUGAUACCCAAGGCUCUGCGGCUCGACAGGUUUGUGGCGGGCCAGGUCCCCACGGGCUGGGACCCCGCGCGCUACGGCAUUGGCGAGGACAUCACGUCCCAGGUCGACCAGGUCACGUUGUAUGCGCUGAUCGCUACCGCCGAGGCGCUCAUCUCCUCAGGUAUCACUGACCCGUACGAAAUGUACCAGUACGUGCACGUGUCCGAGGUCGGGAACUGUUCAGGGUCCGGAAUCGGCGGCAUGAACUCGUUGCGCGCGAUGCGCCAGGAGCGGCUGAAGGACACCGACGUACAGAACGAUAUCAUCCAGGAGACGUUUGUCAACGCCAGCGCCGCGUGGGUCAACAUGCUGCUGCUAUCGUCGAGUGGGCCGAUCAAGACGCCCGUGGGCGCGUGCGCGACCGCACUGGAGUCGCUGGACAACGCAGUCGAGACCAUCCGCUCGGGCCAGGCCAAGGUGUGCAUCGCGGGCGGCUACGACGACCUGGAGGGGCACGUGAGCCACGAGUUCGGCAACAUGGGCGCCACCGUCAACAGCGACAAGGAGCUGCAGAGCGGCAGGGACCCCCGAGAGAUGUGCCGGCCCGCGACCUCGACACGUGCCGGGUUUCUGGAAGCGCACGGCGCGGGGAUCCAGGUCCUGAUGUCCGCGGAGGUCGCCAUAGAGAUGGGUGUUCCUAUCUACGGAAUUGUGGCCAUGACGUCGACGGCCUCGGACAAGAUCGGUCGCUCGCUCCCGGCUCCCGGGAAGGGCAUUCUAACGUGUGCGCGCCAGCAGCCGCGCGCGCGCAGCGCGCGCAGCGCCAAGCUUGACGCGCGCUACCGCAAACGGCAGCUGCAAGCGCGGCUGCGCGAGAUCGACGACUGGGCGCAGAACGAGCUAGCCGCCGGCGCGCCCGACGUCGGGCCCGCGGAGGCGCGUCUUGUGCAACAGCUGGCGCACCGCCAGGCCGCGGACGCGAAAAAGCACUGGGGUAACUACUUCUGGCACGACAACCCGCGCGUGUCGCCGCUGCAGGGCGCGCUGGCCACCUUCGGCCUCACUGUCGACGACCUCACCGUCGCCUCGUGCCACGGCACCUCAACCAAGGCCAACGAGCUCAACGAGUCCCAGAUCCUCGACACCAUCAUGCAGCACCUGGGCAGAACCCCGGGCAACCCGCUGCUGGCAGUGUUCCAGAAGCACCUGACUGGCCACCCCAAGGGCGCGGCCGGCGCUUGGAUGGCGAACGGCCUACUCCAGCUCAUGCAGGAUCGCGUCGUCCCGGGCAACCGUAACGCAGACAACAUCGACCAGGGCUUCCGCCGCUUCGAGCACCUGUUGUACCCCUCGGAGAACAUCCUUGUCGCUGACGUCAAGGCCGCGUGCCUGACUUCCUUCGGCUUUGGCCAGAAGGGUGCCAUGGCCGUGCUUGUUAAUGCCAACUACGUGCUCGCCGCGCUGUCCGAGUCCGAGUACACACACUACGCGGCGCGCGUGCGGGCGCGCGAAGCGCGCGCCCAGCGCCGCCUGGCCGAUGCGCUGGUUCACCACACCACGUGUCGCUUUAAGGACCAGGCGCCGUUCUCAGCCGCCCACGAGGAGGCCGUGUAUCUUGAUCCCUUUGCGCGAGCGGACGACGAGCUCCGCGUUCGCCCGCUCCGCGACCAGGCACGCGGUCCUGCAUAG